GGAAAACAACUACAAGUACUAAGUCCAAAUCACGUUCUGGUUGUUAUCAUUUCGUGUUCUGUCGUCUCACUUCAAACUUUGCUCUUGGUGUAGACUUCUUUAGGGCUCUAAAAAUGGCUUUUGCUACUAAGGCGUUUACCAGAACACUGUCCACGUCUUCUUCUCACUUUAAUCCCAUUAAAACAGUAACUAUCAUUGGUAGUGGGCUGAUGGGAUCUGGCAUUGCGCAGGUUGCUGCUGCAAGUGGACACAAAGUUAUAGUUGUAGACAAAAACCAAGAAAUCAUUGAUAAAGCUUCAGCUUCUAUUCAAAAGAGCCUUGGGCGCAUUGUGAAGAAAAAGUUUCCUGAUGAUCCAAAGGCUCAACAGAAAUACAUCUCUGAUGUCAUGGAGCGGUUGAGCCUAUCAACAGAUGCUGUUGCCUCCGUCAAAUCUACAGAUCUUGUUAUCGAAGCCAUUGUUGAAAAUUUAGGCGUCAAAAAAGAGUUGUUUGCAACACUAGACAAAGCAGCUCCUCCGAACACGCUAUUUGCUAGCAACACGUCUUCGAUCCCCAUCAAGGAAAUUGCAGAAGCUACUUCUAGGAAAGAUAAAUUUGGAGGGUUACAUUUUUUUAACCCUGUUCCUCUGAUGAAGCUGUUGGAGGUAAUUAGAAUCCCAGAAACAUCAGAUGAAACCUACAAUGCAUUGGAAGCUUUUGGUAAAGCUUUAGGCAAGACAACUGUGCAGUGCAAGGAUACCCCAGGCUUUAUUGUCAACCGUCUAUUGGUCCCGUACAUGGCUGAGGCAGUCAGACUUGUUGAAAGAGGUGAUGCCACCCCCAGGGAUGUCGACACAGCAAUGAAGCUUGGUGCUGGCUAUCCCAUGGGGCCAUUUGAACUUUUAGAUUAUGUCGGUCUUGAUACAACUAAGUUUAUUAUUGAUGGCUGGGCACAAAAAGAACCUGAUAAUCCCCUAUUUAAGCCAUCACAAGCUCUGAACAAACUGGUCUCUGAAAACAAACUGGGAAUGAAAACAGGAGAAGGAUUUUACAAAUAUGACAAGAAAUAAUUCUCUGCGUCGGUUGUAUGAAUGAACAAGACAUAUGCAGGACAUUGCCAUCCUAGUGCUUUGAUUUAAAGAGAUGUAAUUUAGUGUUGAUAUACAGUACAUAUGUAUUGAGUAUAUUACUCACAGUAGAUAGUUCCAGUGUAAAGGAUUACCAAAUUUUUCUGUAUAUUUGUUAGUUGCCUUUGUUGUCCCUAUUCCUCUCAGUUUAAUUAAUUAGACAAAUGAGUAAAAAAAAACAUUAAUAAAGCCUGUUUUUCUAUGCAAUUAUUUAAGAAUAUUUUUAGUUAAAGUUUUCAUGAUGACAUACUGGAUUAAUCAUGGCUGUAACAUCUCUAACUGGGAGUUACAUAAUUUGUAACUAUUAACCAAGAAAAGAAUUACAGCUGUUUGUCACACUUGUUAGAGAGAUGUAACAAUUAUCUGUUUAUAAAAUACUGUUUAUUACAUUUACUUUGGCUAAAACAAUUCUUGGCAGUGGUGUUUACAUAUUGAGAUAAUUUAGUGUACAAUAUAGUUCUUUCAAAAAUAUUGAGGUUUAAUAUUAUGGUUUUAUGUUAAGUAAUUGUGUGAUACAUACAGCUACUGCUAAAUUAUUUAAAAUAUAUUUUUCCUACUUAGGAGUAAGAGUAGCAUUACAAAUGUUGAGUUUGUGAUAUUGUUCUAUUUGCAUCUUAGUUAUACUCUAAACUGCCAGUGUAAUGAUACAUCAGUUGAUAAACUCCUGUGUGAUGAUACAUCAGUGUAUCAAUGAUGAGCAACAAUGUACUUUCAGUAAAUGAUUUUUGUGAGCUUUUGGGAUUUGUAUUUUUUUAAGUGUGAAACUAUGCAGAGUGUGUAAGACAUGACAGAUAGAUUUGAUAAACUGUGUUUUUUUAGUUAGUUGGUGAUUUAGUGUCAAAAAAAUGCCUAAUGUUGCUGUUUUUUUGUUUCCUUUCUUGGGAAAAAAAUGACUCAAUAAACUAUUAUUUUAUUA